AAAGCACAAUAUGAAGUAGUAGUAUCUUCUUCUUCCAUUCUCCUAAUUACCAGAGCACCAAUCCAUCAGUUUUUGAAUAUAGUAUUAUAUUUUCAGACACACAAAAAAAUCCUACAAUGGACGUAGCCAUGAUUUCCCAUUCAAUCUCCAACAUUCUACAAAGGAUGGACACCCUAAAACCCUUAGCAAUUCGACUAUCAGGAAUUGACCUCGACCAGCUUGAAAACAAUCUUAAACAAAUCAAUGACAAAGUCCAAAAAAAGAGCCACUCCGAGUGGCUUCAAAAGGUUAAAGAUGUAGUAAUCGAUUUGAACGAUUUGACUGAGGAUCUUCGUUACAAAGAGAGUAUCAGAUCAGGCUUAAGCAUAAAGAAUCGCAUCAAAGGCACUCGUCAUGUUAAGAAAACCACCGAGAAACUCAAACGCCUGAUCGAGCAAGAGACGAAGCUAGGAGAAGAAGAAGCAGCAGUUAUUAGUAAUACUACUGAGAAAAGAAAGUCUGCAUGUGAAGACUUUGAGAAAAAUACCAAGCAUGUAGCUGUUGGAAGAGAAAAUGAGAAGGAAGAGCUUAUAGAUAAACUGGUGAACCUGAAGAACACUGAUGCUGCUGUUCCUGUUGUUAUUGUUAUUGUUGGUGUUCCUGGAAUUGGCAAAACAAAACUUGCUCAUCUCGUUUGUGAGGAUGAGCAAGUCGAAAUGAAUUUUGGGUUACAACCAAUUUGGAUCAAAACCUUUGAUGUUGAAUCUAUAGCAAAAAGUGUUGCCGAGUCUCAUCAUGAGAAACGCCUCUUACUUGUUAUAGAUGAUUUGAGAUUUGAGAUUAAUGAGCCUGAUUAUCUUGAGAAGUUGCAGAAGAAAUUAACUGAAGCUGUUGGUGGCCGUGCUGAUACGGCCAUACUCAUUACUACACGUAGUAACCAUGUCGCCGACAACAUUGCUGCUGGACAUGUUUUGAAGUUGCAGGGGCUUAAUCAAGAGGAUUCUUGGUCCUUGUUUGAGGAAAUUCAUGGAGCAGUUUCAAGCCAACACUGCACCACAUUUAAGAUCGUGAGGGAUUGUCGUGGAGUCCCUCUUGCAAUAGUGAUCGUAGCGACAGCGAUGCUCUAUAAUCGCGAGGGCUCGAUUCUGCAACCAGAACCUCACAUAGAGAAGAUGUUUCUACAAAGUUUCAGGUAUAUCUAUUACGAAGAUCUUCCCACGUAUCAGAAGUUGUGCUUUGCAUAUUGUUCAUUGUUUCCAGAAGAUUAUUUAAUUGAUGCCGAGAGAUUAAUUCAACUUUGGACGGCUGAAGGAUUUCUAACAAUUUCCUCAAACAACAAUCCAGAACAACAAUUUGGUCGAGCUUGUUUCAACGACUUUGUUCCUUUGGUUUUUCAUCAAGUGGAAGAAGAAAACGAAAACCAAUACGGUGGUGUUGUGACAAACAACAACUACUUAUAUAGAAUAAACCCGUUAAUGCAUAAACUUGCAAGGCUAGUCACCAUCGACAGUCGUGAAAACAUCACCGUGGAUUCGAUGGGGGAGGGUGUUCACGAUGGAAUGCUACGAGUUUCGUUUGAUUAUGCUUUAGAUUUGUUGUGUGGGAUCCCAGAUUGUGUGUUUGAGAAAGCUAAAAAACUGAGGACCAUUCUUUUGCCAUACAACACUGACAACCCUCGGCUUCCUGACGAGGUACAGAUGACAACAUCAACCUGUGAUAAGAUCUUUAACACCUUCAAAGCUAUGCGCGUGUUAGAUAUGCAUGACUUGGGGAUCAAGACGAUUCCGAGCUCUAUUGAAGAGGUGAAGUACUUGAGGUAUCUAGAUCUUUCUCAUAACAACAUAGAGAAGCUUCCUAGUUGCAUCACAACUCUUAUCCACUUGCAAACGUUGAAACUUUCUCAAUGUCAUUUUCUCAAGGAAUUGCCAAAAGACAUGGAUGAUUUGAGUUGCCUCAACCAUCUUGACUUAGAGGGAUGCUUGGAUCUAACUCAAAUGCCAAGUGGGAUAAAUAAGCUCACUUCUUUACAAACAUUGUCACUCUUUGUAGCUAGCAAGAAAUACGUUACAGGAGGACUAAGAGAACUCACCGAUCUCAACAAACUGAGAGGUCACAUGGAAAUUUCGCAUCUGGAACAAGUCAAGUUCUCGCAAUCCAAGGAAAUUGCUAAAGAUGAAUUUUUGAAAAACAAAAAAUACCUUGGGUUCUUGACUCUAAGAUGGGAUCAUGAGGAGGAGGAGGAGAAGGAAAGCAAUGUCAACGACGAGAAGUCGCUUGACUGUAUUGUGCCACCUUCGAAUCUGAGAGUGUUAUUCAUUGUGGGGUACAAUGGUCACACCUUGUCUGACUGGUUCGGUUCACUUCAUUGUCUUGUUAAGUUUACCUUGAAUGACUGCCCAAAAUGCGAAUUUCUCCCGCCAAUGGAUGAGCUUCCACAUCUCAAGGUUCUCCAACUUCGAAGGUUGGACUCACUGAAAUUCAUUGCAAAAAACAAUCAAGUUGUUGGUGGGAAACUGAGAUAUGGGAUAAUGAUAGACCAUCUUUCAGUUGCAUUUCCAAACUAAAUGUCCAAUAUUGCCCCAAGUUAGCUUGCAUGCCACUAUAUCCUAAUCUUGAUGAUGAGCUCGUUCUGGUGGAGUCAAACGUAAGGUCAAUGAGGGAUACAAUGCAUUAUGCUGACAGUACCGAAAG